GUGGAUGAAAUUGAGUGGUGUGAGAUCGGGAUGGGUAAUAGCUUUGAGAGAGUUUAGUCUAUUGUUUAUGUUUUGAGCAUUAUGUAAACACAAUUUUUUAGACAUGUGGAGUGGUUUAGCCCUGUUUUGUUUACAAAUCAUAAUAAAUAGUAAGUAAUUGUAAUACAUUAAAAAUCCAAAACCAUGGCAGAACCAGGAGAAAAGAAAGAAGAGGAAUCAAAGAAAAUAGUGCAUACAUAUCCCCUUGUCAGAAACUGUGAUAUGGGAGAUGAGAUGAGAACUGAAGCCAUGGAGUUGUGUGUUACCGCUUGUGAAAAACAUGCAGCAAACAACGAGGCCGCCGCUCGGAUGAUAAAAGAAAUGAUGGACAAGAAGUUUGGACCGUCCUGGCAUGCCGUUGUCGGAGAGGGGUACGGGUUUGAGAUUUCUUACGAGUGUAAAAGCCUUCUGUACAUGUUUUUCGGCGGAAAUGUUGCCAUUUGUAUAUGGAAAUGCUCAUAACAAAUGUUUCUAUUAACCAAAUCUCACCAAUUCAGUAUUAAUAUUGUUAUUUUUUUAUUAAUAAUUGUUUUACAAUUUUGAAUUAACACUGCAUAAAGCUAUUUAUUGUGUUUUAUCGGCCUAAUAUAGAUUUA